CUUCACUCACCCACCACACACAUUGAGAGUGUCCAACAAAGAGACUACACCGCCUCAUUCUCUCUUGUGAACAUGUCAUCAACGGUUGUCGCCGCCGGCACCUCCUCCGCCGCGUACUCCAGAGGCAGAUCAGUCAACAGAGCCACUCCCUCCCUUCCCCAAUGCCAGAAAACUAGUUUUCAAGGGGUAUCACUUCAAGACUCCAGAAGGGGCAUCUCCAAUUUGUUCUUGGCUGAGAAGGGUGUUAGUUUGAGCGUUACAAAAGGAAAAAGAGACCUUGUGAUCACUGCCAGAACUGCUGCCAAGAACAUUGAGGUUGAAGUUGACAAGCCAUUGGGACUCACUCUUGGUCAAAAAUCUGGUGGUGGGGUUGUCAUUACUGCUGUGGAAAAUGGUGGAAAUGCUGCCAAAGCAGGGCUCAAGGCUGGUGACCAAGUGCUCUACACCAGCAGCUUUUUUGGGGAUGAACUUUGGCCAGCUGACAAGCUUGGGUUUACAAAGACAGCAAUCCAGGCCGUGCCCGAAUCUUGUUACUUCGUUGUUAGCAGGGGAGCUGAUGUAGAUGUUAAAAGACUGCCAAAGCGUCCGGCUCCUCCUCGCUUUGGAAGGAAAUUAACCGAUGCUCAAAAGGCCCGAGCAACGCAUAUAUGCCUUGAUUGUGGAUACAUCUACACGUUGCAGAAGCCUUUCGAAGAGCAGCCGGAUGGCUACGUAUGUCCCCAGUGCAGGGCCCCAAAGAAGAGGUUUUUACCGUAUGAUGUCAACACUGGAAAAGCGGUUGGCGGAGGGCUGCCUCCUAUCGGAGUCAUCAUCGGGCUUUUAGUUGGGAUUGGUGGUGUUGGAGCUCUGCUAGUUUAUGGACUUCAAUGAAGAAAAACCAGAGAAGAAAUCCUAAGUUCACAAUUUUCCACCUCAUUCUUAAUCUUCAUAUCCAAUGUGUAUGUGUUCUUAGAUAUGCAUAUAUGUUGCAAAGGCUAAUGUUGGCAAGCCUGUCUUUUAUGUAGUGAAAGAGUGAAUAUGAACUGUUUAGUGGCAAUUACUGGCAAACACUUAUCAUGAACCUAAGUUGUUCAUAUUUGAUGCUUUACUUCAUAUUUGGAGUAAACCAGUCUUUAAUUACUACUCAUAA